AAGCGGUGGUGGGAAUGGAACAGUCGUGACGGGGAGGCGGUGCACAGAGGCGGCGAGUGACCUGCGGUGGAAGUGACUGGCUGACUGACGGACGGACGGACGAAAAGAAGAAAGGGAGGUGACAGGGACCCGGGCUUCGUGAUGGGGCGGUUAAGAUUCCUCUGCCUGGCGCUUUUCCUGAUGGGCACCAUGCUGGAGGUGGAGGCGCAAACCAGCUACUUCGACAAGAUCAAGAAUUACUUCGACAUGAAGUUCGAAGACAUAAAAAUGAAAUUCCAGGGGUUUAAGACAGCCAUGGGCAACAAGUUUGACCUCCUCUCGGAUAAGCUCAAAAAUUUCUUCAACAAUCAAAACUUCACAUCCGCCACGGCUGCAGACCUUCUGGCUGAGCUGAAGGGUGACGACUGGAAGAAAAUGGAGCCAGCUAUGUUGAUGACGAUGCCGAAGGUGCAGGCGGAGAGCCUGAUCUCCUUGGGAGCUAACAGGGACGAUGUACCUAAUAGGUUCUUAGAAGAGCUGAAGCGUCUUAUGGUCCUCAACAUGACGGAUACCGACGUGGCCCUUUCCGUCAAGACCAUGCUGUACACGUGCAUGACCGGAGAAGAUAUAGAGAACGCGUGCCAGCUGAACCAAGGGGAGAUAAGCGCCCUGUUGGAGCGUCUGGGCCCCGCGAACACGUGGACCUCGGCUAACAUAACCUCCUUCGGCUACUACACCCUCAACAUACCCAUUUGCUUCGAUGAUGCGAACGACGAGAAAGUGUUGCAGGCCGUACUCGAUCUCGUAAACAACUGCGACGCAUCACGUCCACCGAACGGCUGCCCCACUUCUUCCGAGGUAGAUGUCAUCAGACUGGCCGUGUCGAUGAAGUUGUUGGGGGCUCCUAAGAACUGGAAGAUGAGCGACGUGGAGAAAUUAAUGAGAAGCUACUCUGAUGUCCCCUACUUCACGGUCCGUCACACCAGCGACUCCUUCGUCACAGACAUGAAGGCAAAGCUCAAAGCGUCUGAGAAUCUCCCCACGAGUACCUCCCCGAAGCUUGAGGCUUGGGCAAUGGAGAUCUGCAGAGUGGACGACUGCAGGAGCAAGUCCGCGAGCGCUGCCACGUCGUGGUACAAUGAGCUGGGCAGCAUGAAGACCGCCGUGAUGCCGUCGGAUGUGUCACAAGCGGCCCGCGAAGACCCAACCCUCGGCGUGCAGCUCGAGGCCAACGCCAAGAACAAAAUGCCGAUGCGGGCAAUGGAUGCCGCCCUUUUGCUGGACAUGAAGAUGGAUAAAUCAGAGCCGGACAGCAUCAGUGCCAUAGGAGGGAAGCUAGCAGCGUGGGCGCCGGCGUGUUACCUGAGGGAGGCGGCGGAGAAUAAGACGCUGAUCCCCGUGAGGGCUGACGUGGCUUCCAGCCUGGCUCUACAACGAGGCCCAGAGUACAUGGCCAAGGUGAACGCAACCCUGAGGUCGAACAUGGAGGUGGCAAUAACGAGCGACACGUUCCGGAUGACCUCCGUUAGCAGCUACUUGAAGCCCUUCGUCAGACCAGAGUACCUCCGCGAACAGUCCUCGCCAACUCUCCUCAGUGUGGCCAAGUUGGCCAAUAUGAACUUCAUACAGCCCGACCAUUACCAGAUGCUAGUGAUGGCCGAAAUGAUAUCUAUUACAGACAUGGAGGAUGCUCCAGCCAUGGUGAGGGAGCGCCUACCUAUCACCAAAAUGGCCACCGUCGGCGCCAGCACCCUCGCUAGGUUAAGUGAAGACAUGUUGGGGAUCACCUUGCCGUGUUUGUUAGGCGCCAAGAAACUGUUUUACGACAAAACCUCUUUGAGGCCGGCAGACCUACGCAGUGGUAAGGCGUUCCUAAAGUGUAUGUCCUUCGACGAUGCCUCGAAGGUGAACUCAGCCGAGAUAUUUGAUGUAUUUGAGGAGGUCCGGGAAGAAGCUUUGUCGUGGUCAGCGUGCAGGGCAUUUAAUGAGAAGCUGACGGACUGGGCGAAGAGCAAUCUUAACAUUGGCGACAGUGAGAACCUGGAGGAAGUUAUCAACAGUCUUUACGUAAAUGAAAUCUACAGCAUACCGGCUUGUGUCAUCGUCGCAUACGAGCCUGUGAUCUACAACGCGAACAUGCAGGUGAAGAAGGCCGUCAUGACCAACCUGUGCGCCUCGAAGAGCUAUUAUUCCAUCCCAAUGGACAUCAGACGGAGGCUUAUCAACACAAUUCUCCCCCAAACCAUUGACGGGCCAAUCACUGAAUGUGGCUUACGACGCAUCAACUUGUGCUUCAUGGACAUGGCGCCGAGCUUGCUAAGAAAGAUGGACGAGAGGGCAAAGGGCAUCUACAUAGGCCUAGUUCAGGGUCUUUUGGAGGGCGGAGUUCCUCUCUGUCUCGACUCCGAUCAGAGGGACGAGGUGGCCGAGAUGGUGCUGCAGGUGAAAGGGCCGGCGGGAAAUUGGAAGACUGCCAGCGACGUGAGCUGCAUCCUGGACACUCUCUCUUCGAGUGCCAUUGAUCGCAUGGCCGUCGACAUGCCCGCCGAGGUGCUAAUUACAACCGAGUGUCCCAAGCGAGACUACACCUUUAGCAGCACGCUGUUCAAGGGAAGCUGCAUGGAAGAAACUGAGGAGGCGCGGAUGAGAAUGAAGAGAAGGAAGGUUCAGAGAUGCGUCAAGCUGAGGGAGACAUUCGGCACCAAGAACAGUACGUGUGAUAAAGUGAUGUGUGGCAACGUCCUGAGAAUGACCUCGGCAGAUCUGGAGCGCAUGAACAAGGACGAGGUGUGGCGCCUGUUGGACGGCCUGGCGACGGAGGACUUGGACGCGGCGAAGGCCAAGGUGAUUUUGUCUAAAGUGAAGGAGGUGAAGGGGUUGAAGGACAUGAGCGCCGCUGAGCUGGAGAGACUAAAUUACGCUUGGCGAGGCCUCACCAAGCAGGAUGUGAUGGACCUGCCUAAGUUUACCUCAGCACACAUGGGGGUGAUUUUCCAAUUGGGCAUGACGACAGGACUGCCCGAUGACGUGAUGAUGGCACUGUGGGACAAGGCUAAGGAAUACAAGCCACCCUCGAGCAUGGAUACCAUGGACGUGUUGCUGUUGGGCGGCAUUGUGUGUUACCUGACUGAGAACGAGGUGAAUGCCAUCCCUGACGAUAAGUUCAAGAGGUCAAUAAGAAGCCUUGGGGUGCGUGAGUGCAAGAACGCCUCCACGACCCACUACCUCGCGAUGAAGGCCAAGGCGGUGUAUGGGAUGGAAUUGAGCCGUUGGGAUGCCGCCACGGUGCACGAGAGCGGCGUCUUGGUGGCAGGGCUGAGACCUGAGGACCUCGCUGCCAUCCCUGACCGCGCCUACAUCGGGCUCACAGCCUCGGGAAUCAGUAAAAUUAACACUGAGGCCAUCAAGGUGAUGACUGUGGCACAAGCCAGCAACUUGGACGGUUCCACCGCCGCCGCCAUCACCUCGGCCCAGAUGGCGGGGCUCAACGGCAACGUGCGACUCGCCAUUAACAAUGCCAAGUCGGGCGACCUGCAGAACAGUGCCUCAGAUGUGUCAGUGCCGCGAGUGCUGGGUGCCGUUGCCACCGUCCUGCUGCUGCUCCUCCGCUAAUACCAUUACUUGGCUGGACGCCGGGUAGGAGGAGGCUCGUCAUUAUCUACGUAGCUUCCCCUUGAAUACCAAAAGAGCCUCAACCCUCAUCUCGACUUAAAGGAUGGACGGCCAGGGCAGUGAAAAUCAUUGGUCCUCACGACAGGCUUUCUCCUCCCUGCCUGGUGUUCAAGGGUGUCUAAAACAUCGUUCGCUAUAAAGAAGGACGAAAACUGUGACUGUAACAACUUCUAUUAUUGAAGCUAUUACUUAUACUACUAUUACUAUUACUACUUCUACUUCUGCUGCUACUACUACUACUACUACUACUACUACUACUACUACUACUACUACUACUACUACCACUAUUACUACUACUACUACCACUACUACUACCACUACUACUACUA